AUGAGGUCAAGUGUCUGGAAGCGGUUCCUACGUUCACCCGGCUGCGGAGGCUCCUGCGGCCAAGGCACUCUGUAUUGGCAGAAGGAGUCAUUGUGUCUACCCCAAUAUUUUAUUGAAAACACAUACUGGGAUAUUGGUAUGUUCACAUAUGAUGAAUCCACAAAAUUGUUUUGGUUUAACCCAACUUCUUUUGAAACUGAGGGUCAGUUUACUUUGGCUGGCAUAGUACUGGGUCUGGCUAUUUACAACAACUGUAUACUAGAUGUACAUUUUCCCAUGGUUGUCUACAGGAAGCUAAUGGGAGAUUCUCACCCAGUUCUAUAUCAGAGCUUAAAGGAUUUAUUGGAAUAUGAAGGGAGUGUGGAAGAUGAUAUGAUGAUCACUUUCCAGAUAUCACAGACAGAUCUUUUUGGUAACCCAAUGAUGUAUGAUUCAAAGGAAAAUGGUGACAAAAUUCCAAUUACAAAUGAAAACAGGAAGGAAUUUGUUAAUCUCUAUUCUGACUACAUUGUGAAUAAAUCAGUAGAAAAACAGUUCAAGUCUUUUCGCAGAGGUUUUCAUAUGGUGACCAAUGAAUCUCCCUUAAAGUACUUAUUCAGACCAGAAGAAAUUGAAUUGCUUAUAUGUGGAAGCCGGAAUCUAGAUUUCCAGGCACUAGAAGAAACUACAGAAUAUGACGGUGGCUAUAGCAGAGACUCUGUUCUGAUCAGGGAGUUCUGGGAAAUUGUUCAUUCAUUUACAGAUGCAGUUGACAACUGGUACAGACAGAGACCUGUGGGAGGACUAGGAAAAUUAAAGAUGAUUACAGCCAAAAAUGGCCCAGACACAGACAGGUUACCUACAUCUCAUACUUGCUUUAAUGUCCUUUUACUUCCAGAAUAUUCAAGCAAAGAAAAACUUAAAGAGAGAUUGUUGAAGGCCAUCACAUAUGCCAAAGGAUCUGGCAUGCUGUAAAUCAAA